CCCUCUCUCUCAUAUAUAAAAAGCACCUUCUUCUUCAUCUCGAGGGUUAAACAGAUACACACAGUGAAGGGACAUAUUUUCUUUCUUUCCUUUCUCUCUCUCUUUCAUCUCUCUCCCAAAGCUUUGGGGUUUCGUCUUCAUCCUUUUCUAUUCCUUACAUACGUAUUCUUCUCUCUUGGCAUAUCUGCAACUCCGGAUGUGUUUGAAUCUUCAAAACUGUCUUCUCUCCAAGUAUCGCCGGUAGAUAACUAGGAGAGAUAUGGCGACCUUAAGGGCGAGUUUGCCGUCAAGGUUGCGUCAACUGCUUGCUAGCGAAGGGACUAUCGGCCCUUCUGUUAAACUCGAUUCCGAGACUCCUCCUAAAAUAAAAGCAUUCAUUGACAAAGUCAUUCAAUGUCCACCGCAAGAUAUAGCAAUACCACUUUCUGGAUUUCGGUGGGAGUAUGGAAAGGGGAACUUUCAUCAUUGGAGACCUUUGUUUUUGCAUUUCGAGACAUAUUUCAAGAUAUACUUAUCAUGUAGAAGUGACCUCAUAUUGUCAGAUAAUACUGUGGAAGAUGAUAGUCCGUUUCCUAAACAAGAUGUUCUGCAAAUUUUACGAGUGAUGCAAAUAAUUCUAGAGAAUUCCCAUAAUAAGAGCUCUUUUAGUAGCAUAGAGUAUUUCAAGCUACUGCUUGCUUCUACAGACCCCGAUAUACUCAUAGCAUCUCUGGAAACACUUUCUGCCUUGGUUAAAAUAAGUCCUUCAAAGCUGCAUGUCAGUGGAAAGUUAGUUGGAUGUGGUCUGGUGAACAGCUGUCUUCUGUCCUUGGCACAAGGUUGGGGAAGCAAAGAAGAGGGCUUGGGUUUAUAUUCAUGUGUAGUGGCUAAUGAGAAGACCCCAGAUGAAGGGCUAAGCUUAUUUCCAUCAGAUAUAUCCGAUGAUGGUGAUAGACCUCAAUAUCGGUUGGGAUCAACACUUUACUUUGAAUUUCAUGAUGCCAAUUCCAAUGGGACUGGGGAAACUAGUGAUGGCCCAAAAUCACCCAAUUUGAAUGUUAUACAUAUGACAGAUGUCCAUUUGCAGAAGGAUGAUGACCUGUCUCUCAUGAGGCGGUGUGUUCAGGAGAACAACGUAGCUCCUGAGCAUAGAUUUUCAUUGUUAACAAGAAUCAGAUAUGCUCGUGCAUUCCGUUCACCAAGAGUAUGCAGGCUGUACACUCGGGUUUGCCUUCUUUCAUUUAUCGUGCUUGUGCAAUCAAGUGAUGCUCAUGAUGAACUGGUUUCCUUUUUUGCCAACGAGCCAGAAUAUACAAACGAAUUAAUCAGACUUGUGAGGUCUGAAGAAACGGUUCCUGGAGUAGUUAGGACACUUGCAAUGCAUGCUUUGGGGGCCCAAUUGGCUGCAUAUUCAUCAUCUCAUGAACGUGCACGGAUUCUGAGUGGAUCAAGCAUUAGUUUUGCUGGGGGGAAUCGUAUGAUUCUAUUGAAUGUGCUACAAAGGGCAAUAUUUUUAUUGAGCAGUUCUAAUGAUCCAUCAUCAAUUGCAUUUGUUGAAGCUCUUCUUAAUUUCUACAUGCUCCAUGUUAUAUCUUCUUCCUCUUCUGGAAGCAUUGUGAGGGGAUCAGGGAUGGUUCCCACGUUCUUACCUCUUCUAGAGGAUUCCGAUGCUGCACAUAUUCAUCUUGUUUGCCUUGCUGUGAAGACGCUGCAGAAGCUCAUGGAUUACAGUAAUACAGCAGUGACACUUUUCAAAGAUUUGGGUGGGGUUGAGAUGUUAACUAAUAGACUGCAAGUUGAGGUGCAGAGGGUUAUUAACAUUGCUGGAAAAAAUGACAUUGGUGAAUCUUCAAGGUCCGGAGAUGAGCAGCCGUAUGCUCAGAAAAGACUUAUUAGGGUUAUACUGAAAGCACUUGGCUCUGCCACUUAUACCCCAGCAAACGCAACUAGGUCGCAGAAUGCUCAUGAUGCUUCAUUACCUGUUACUUUGUCUCUGAUUUUUGCAAAUAUGGACAAGUUUGGAGGUGAAAUAUAUUCCUCAGCCGUAACUGUCAUGAGUGAAAUCAUUCACAAAGACCCCACGUGUUUCCCUUCUCUGCUCGAACUUGGUCUUCCUGAUGCCUUCUUAUCAUCAGUAGCUUCUGGAAUUCUCCCUUCUUCCAAGGCGCUUACAUGUGUUCCCAAUGGUAUUGGUGCAAUUUGUCUUAAUGCCAAAGGUUUAGAAGCUGUCAAAGAAACCUCUGCACUGCGUUUCCUGGUUGACAUUUUCUCAGUGAAGAAGUACGUAGUUGCUCUGAACGAAGGUAUUGUCCCUCUGGCAAAUGCUGUGGAGGAGCUGCUGCGGCAUGUAUCUUCCUUAAGGGGCACUGGUGUUGAUCUGAUCAUUGAAAUCGUCAACAAAAUCGCUUCCAUUGGUGAUUCUCCAAUUGAUACGCCUGGUAAAGUAGACAGCAAUACUGCAAUGGAAAUGGAUUCUGAGGACAAGGAAAAUAGUGCUCCUUGCUGUUUAGUCAGUGCAGGAGAUUCAACUGCAAAUGGGAUAAAAAAUGAUCGGUUUAUCCAACUUUGUGUCUUCCAUGUUAUGGUCCUUGUGCAUAGGACAAUAGAAAAUGCUGAAACUUGUCGGUUAUUUGUGGAGAAGUCUGGAAUUGACGCUUUACUGAAGCUUUUAUUGAGGCCAAGUAUUGUACAGUCAUCUGAAGGAAUGUCUAUUGCUUUACAUAGCACAAUGGUUUUCAAGGGGUUUACUCAACAUCAUUCUGCGCCUUUAGCUCGUGCUUUCUGUUCCUCUCUUAGAGAUCAUCUAAAGAAGGCUACUGCUGCUCUUAAUUUGGCUUCAGGAACCUUCCUGCUAGACCCAAGGGCAACUCCUGAUGAUGGAAUUUUCUCUUCACUCUUUCUAGUGGAAUUUCUUCUUCUACUUGCUGCCUCAAAAGAUAACCGUUGGGUUACUGCCUUGCUUGCGGAGUUUGGAAAUGAAAGUCAGGAUGUGCUGGAAGAUAUUGGACGCCUUCACCGUGAAGUUUUAUGGCAGAUUGCUUUGCUCGAGGAUGCCAAGGUUGAGAUGGAGAAUGAUGGAACUGGAUCUGCUAUUGAGUCCAGACAAUCAGACUUGAGCACAAAUGACACCGAGGAACAAAGAUUUAACUCAUUCAGGCAGUUUCUUGAUCCAUUACUCAGGAGAAGGAUGUCUGGGUGGAGUUUUGAAUUUUUUGAUCUUAUUAAUCCAUACCGUGAUCUUGGUCAUGCUUCUGGUCUUCAGCGCAGACAGAACAUUAAUAGCACUUCAACCAUGCAGCUCGAGACUAGUCACCAGCAAUCAUCUGGGUCUGGAAAUAGCAGUGAGGCCAAUGUUCAAAGGGAAGAUGACAAACAACGAUCUUACCACUCUUCAUGUUGUGAUAUGUUGAAGUCUCUUCCAUUUCAGAUCAUGCACUUGUGCCAAGAAUUGGGGAAGGUAAUGCUCCUUCCAUCUCGUCGACGAGAUGAUAUGGUGAGUAUAUCACCUCCUUCAAAAUCCGUGGCUUCUACCAUGGCAACAAUUGUGCUCGACCAUAUGAACUUUGGGGGUCAUACAAGUUCUUCAGGACAAGAGGUUUCUGUAUCCACAAAGUGUCGUUACUUUGGUAAGGUUGUUGAUUUUGUGGAUGCGAUAUUGCUGGACAAGCCAGAUUCGUGCAACCCUGUGCUGGUGAAUUGUUUAUACGGCCGUGGUGUGGUGCAGUCUGUUUUGACUACAUUUGAGGCCACCAGUCAAUUGCUUUUUGCAGUUAACAGAGCACCUGCUUCUCCCAUGGAGACUGAUGAUGGGAGUGUAAAGGUAAAUGGAAAAGAUGAAACUGAUUGUUCAUGGAUCUAUGGUUCUUUGGCUAGUUACGGUAAACUUAUGGAUCACCUGGUCACUUCUUCGUUUAUUUUAUCUCCUUUUACAAAGAACUUGCUUACACAGCCUCUUGUAAAUGGAGAUGUUCCAUUUCCACGUGAUGCCGAAACAUUUGUGAAGAUACUCCAGUCCAUGGUGCUCAAAGCUGUUCUUCCAGUUUGGACUCAUCCACAGUUUACAGAAUGCAGCUACGAUUUCAUUGCAACAAUGGUUUCUAUGAUCCGACAUAUCUAUUCUGGUGUUGAAAUGAAAAAGGUUACAGGUGUCCCUGGGGCUCGUACAGUGGGUCCUCCUCCAAAUGAAUCAACUAUUUCAACUAUCGAGGAAAUGGGAUUUUCCAGGUCCAGAGCCGAGGAAGCUCUCAGACAAAUUGGGGCUAACAGUGUAGAGCUAGCAAUGGAAUGGUUGUUUUCACAUCCCGAGGAAUCCCAGGAGGAGGAUGAACUUGCCCGUGCUCUUGCUAUGUCUCUUGGAAACUCUGCAUCCGAAACUAAGGAAGAUGUUAGUAAUGAGAGCAGUCAGUUUGUUGAAGAAGAAAUUGUCCAACCACCACCCGUGGAAGAGUUGUUAUCAACAUGCAUUGAGCUUCUGAAAAUGAAGGACACUUUAGCUUUUCCAGUUCGGGACCUUCUUAUAAUGAUAUGCUCCCAAAAUGAUGGUCAAUACCGUUCAAAUGUUGUUUCUUUUCUGGUGGAACAGGUUUGCAGCUCUGGCUGUGCAAACAAUAAUAUGCAAUAUGCCCUUUUUCACGUUCUAGCUCUCUUACUUCAUGAAGAUACCGGGGCUCGAGAAGUUGCCUUGAAGAGUGGCCUCGUGAAGAUUGCUUCAGAUUUGCUCUCACAAUGGGUUUCCUCAUGUGAAUCCCAAGUGCCAAAAUGGGUUACCCCUGCUUUUCUUGCUGUUGAUAGGCUAUUGCAAGUGGAUCAAAAGGUGAGUGCUGAUGUUGCAGAGCUGUUGAAGAAAGAUGAUGUUACUGUCAAUAAGGUCUCUAUAACUAUUGAUGAGGAUAAACAGAACAAAUUGCAGUCUGCUUUGGGAUCAUCUCCAAACAACAUAAGUGUGCAGGAAAAGAAGAGACUGAUUGAGAUUGCCUGUGGUUGUAUGAAGAUUCUGCUUCCUUCCGAAACAAUGCAUGCAGCUUUGCAGCUUUGUUGCACUCUAACUAGGACUCAUUCUGUUGCUGUUAGUUUCCUUGAUAAUGGAGGUUUGUCUUUGUUGCUUUCUUUGCCAACAAGUAGUUUGUUUGUGGGAUUUGACAGUAUUGCUGCAUCUAUAAUUCGUCAUAUUCUGGAAGAUCCCCAGACCCUUCAGCAAGCCAUGGAAUCUGAAAUAAGGCAUAGCAUUGUUACAGCCUCUAAUCGCCAAUCCAAUGGAAGGCUUACUCCCCGCAACUUCCUCCUAAAUUUAACUUCUGUUAUCUCUCGGGAUCCUGUUGUGUUUUUGCAAGCUGCUCAGACUGUGUGCCAAGUAGAGAUGGUUGGUGAAAGGCCAUACGUAGUCCUGCUGAAAGAUCGUGACAAGGAUAAAGUAAAAGAGAAGGAAAAGGACAAAGGACUAGAGAAAGGCAAAUUGCAAAAUAUAGAUGCUAAGGGGGGUCCUGGUAAUUCACUGAACAAACUUUCCGAUUCAGUUCUGAAGAGCAUGAAAUUUCACAAAAAACCACCUCAAAAUUUUGUGACAGUGAUUGAGCUUCUGUUGGAUUCAGUUGUUGUGUAUUUUCCUCCUAUAAAAGAUGAUCACUCCAACAAGGAUACAUCCUCUUCAGAAAUGGAUAUUGAUACAACUUGCUUCAAAGGAAAAGGAAAAGCCAUUGCCACUUCAUCUGAUCAGGAUCAAUCCAGUAAUCAAGAAAACUCAACUUCCUUGGCAAAAAUUGUAUUCAUUUUGAAGCUUUUAACAGAGAUUCUCUUGAUGUAUAAUUCUUCCAUAUAUGUUCUUCUGCGUAAAGAUACUGAAGCAAGCAAUCUCCAAGAUCCUCCUCAUCGAGUUCCUGGCAGUAAUUCUGGUGGUGGUGGAAUAUUUAGUCAUAUUCUUCACAGGUUCAUACCCUUCUCUAGAAGUUUGAAAAAAGAAAAGAAAACAGACACAGAUUGGAAGCACAAGCUGGCUAGCAGGGCUAAUCAGUUUUUAGUUGCAUCAUGUGUUCGGUCAACAGAGGCAAGAAGGAGAAUAUUUGCAGAUAUUAACAUUGCUUUUAUUGAUUUUGUAGAGUCUUCAGUUGGUUUUAGGCCAGCUGGAAGUGAAAUUCCUGCCUUGGUUGAUCUACUCAAUGAUGUAGUUGCUGCCCGUUCACCCACUGGUUCACACAUCUCAGCAGAAGCUUCUGCUACCUUUAUAGAUGUGGGUUUGGUGAAGUCUUUGACUAGAAUCCUCGAAGUGUUGGAUCUUGAUCAUGCAGAGUCACCUAAAGUUGUCACUGGGCUUGUUAAAGUACUAGAGUUAGUGACCAAGGAACAUGUUCAUGCUGUUGAAUCUAAUCCUGAUAAGACUGACCAUUCUACAAAGUCAAAUGAUCUCAGUCAAGAUGGGCAAACAGACAAUAAUGGUGAUGCUUCCCAGUCUAGACAAGCAACUGCUCAACAUCAGGAAGUUUCUGCAUCCAUCGAUCAUAUGGAAAGUUUCAAUGCUACACCAACUUAUGGUGGAUCAGAGGCAGUUACCGACGAUAUGGAACAUGAUCAAGAUUUAGAUGGGAGUUUUGUUCCUGCUGCUGAAGAUGACUAUAUGCAUGAAUCUUCUGAAGAUACAAGGGGUCUUGAAAAUGGUCUUGAUUCUGUAGGGAUCAGAUUUGAGAUCCAACCACAUGACCAAGCGAAUAUUGGUGAUGAAGAUGAUGAUGAGGAUAUGUCAGGGGAUGAUGGUGAUGAUGUAGAUGAAGAUGAUGAUGAUGGCGAGGAGGAACAUAAUGAUAUAGAUGAAGAUGAAGUUCAUCACCACCUCCCACAUGCUGACACUGACCUAGAUGAGCAUGAAAUUGACGAGGAAGACGAGUUUGAUGAAGUAAUGGAGGAAGAAGACGAGGAUGAAGAGGAUGAAGAAGGAGUUGUACUUCGAUUGGAGGAAGGCUUUAAUGGGAUAAAUGUUUUUGACCAUAUUGAGGUUUUGGGUAGAGAUCAUGGCUUCGGCAAUGAAACUCUUCAUGUGAUGCCAGUUGAGGUUUUUGGUUCAAGACGUCAAGGACGCACUACUUCAAUCUACAACCUUUUAGGAAGAACAAGUGACAAUGCUGCUCCAUCAAUCCAUCCACUUUUGGUGGAUUCAUCACAAUUUCAUGCAUCUUCUCUGAGACAACCAGCAAAUGCGCGGAGCGCUAUCCUCCCUGAUAGGAGUUUGGAGAGCGCUUCUUCAUCACAACUAGAUGCUGUUUUCAGGUCCCUAAGGAAUGGGCGUCAUGGCCACAGGUUCAACUUUUGGGCAGAUGAUAUCCUGCAAUCCGGUGGGUCAAAUUCAGUUCCUCAAGGGCUCGAAGAUUUGCUUGUUUCUCAUCUAAAACGUCCAGAUCCAGAGAAACAGGCUGACCAGAAUACUGUGCCAGGGGAAUCUCAAAAUAAAAUAGAAGGCAGCCAGGUGCAAGUACCUGCUGCGGUGCUGCCUGAAAUUCCUGGUGAAAAUGCUGACAGCAGGGAAAAUAAUAAUGGCUCUCCUCUUGUUGCUACAGACAGUUCCAAUGCUAAUAUGAUACAGGUAGCUGAAACUUCACGUGCAGAGUCGCUGCCAGCUGAAAUGCAAUUUGAACAAACUGAUGCUAUUGUGAGGGAUGUUGAAGCAGUGAGCCAAGAAAGUAGUGGCAGUGGUGCUACACUAGGAGAGAGUCUUAGGAGUCUGGAUGUUGAAAUUGGAAGUGCUGAUGGGCACGAUGAUGCUGGCGAAAGGCAAGGUCAAGCUGAUCCACGGGCUAGAAGAAUGAAUGCAUCAUUUGGAGGUUCUGCUCCUGUAAGGGGAGGAGAUGCACCAAUAAAUAAUGUUACUGAAGUUUCUGCAAAUCCUGAUCUUGUAGCUGGUCAAAGCGGACAUGCCCAGGAGCAGCAGGUGAAUGCGGAUGGUGAUUCUGGAUCAAUUGACCCUGCAUUCUUAGAUGCUCUUCCAGAUGAGUUGCGUGCUGAAGUAAUUUCUGCUCAACAGGGUCAAGCGGCACAACCUACUGCUAGUUCAGAAACCCAAAACAAUGGAGAUAUUGAUCCGGAGUUUCUUGCAGCUCUUCCACCUGACAUCCGAGAAGAAGUUCUUGCUCAACAACGUGUUCAAAGGCUGCAUCAAUCACAAGAGCUGGAAGGUCAACCCGUUGAAAUGGAUACUGUCUCCAUCAUAGCCACCUUCCCUUCAGAGCUUAGAGAAGAGGUUCUUUUAACAUCCUCUCAUGAUAUUCUGGCCAACCUUACACCUGCUUUAGUGGCUGAAGCAAACAUGUUACGUGAGAGGUUUGCAAAUCGCUAUAACAGAACACUCUUUGGGAUGUAUCCCAGGAGUCGUAGAGGCGAGUCUUCUCGUCGUGGAGAAGGAGUGGGAUCUGGCUUAGAUAGAACUGGUGGCAUCGUUGCACGUAGGGCUACAGGUAGUAAGCCGGUUGAAGCUGAAGGAGCUCCUUUAGUAGAUACAGAAGCUUUAAGGUCCAUGAUUCGACUGCUUCGUGUUGUUCAGCCUCUUUAUAAAGGUCAAUUGCAGAGGCUUCUCUUAAAUUUAUGUGCACAUAUUGAAACAAGGACAGAUCUUGUGAAGAUUUUGAUGGAUUUAUUGAUGCUUGAUACAAAGAAGUCUGUCAACUACAUGGCUCAUUCUGAACCAUCUUACAGGCUCUAUGCUUGCCAGAGUCAUGUGAUGUAUUCUCGUCCUCAGUCCUUCGAUGGUGUGCCUCCUUUGGUAUCCCGGCGUGUUCUGGAGACUCUAACGUAUUUGGCUCGCAAUCACCCUUAUGUUGCCAACAUUUUGCUUCAGUUCAAGCUACCCGCACCACUUUCUCUAGACUCCGAAAAAGCACGUGGCAAGGCUGUCAUGAUUACUGAAGAUGAUAAUGUGGAACGGCCAAGCCAUCAACUUGGAUCUUAUGCAAUUGCUCUGUUGUUAAGUCUUUUAAAUCAGCCACUUUAUUUGAGAAGUAUAGCACAUCUUGAGCAGCUUCUAAAUUUAUUGGAUGUCAUCAUUGAUAAUGCUCACAAUAAAUCUAGUUUAUCUGUCGAAUCUGGGGUAUCUGCAUCUGAACAAGUUCCGCAGAUCCUCACAUCAGGUGCUGAUAUAAAUACUGGAGCAACAGCCCUAACUUCUGGGUCUGACAUUGUACCAGCUUCCUCAUCCAAGGUUGAUAAUUCCUUAAAGCCAUCCACCAGUAGCAUUGCAGAAUCUGAUACCGAGGAAGUACUUCUUAACCUACCACAGGCAGAACUUCGAUUGUUGUGCUCACUUCUUGCACGGGAAGGCUUGUCAGAUAACGCUUAUUCCACAGCAGCAGAGUUCCUUAAGAAGUUAGUUGCCAAGGCUCCAUCUCAUUGUCAUCUUCUUAUUACUGAAUUGGCACACUCUGUGCAUGAUCUGAGCAAGGCUUCAAUGAGUGAAUUGAACACGUUCAAAGAAACUGAGAAGGCAUUGCUGAGUAGUACAUCGUCUGAUGGUGCAACUAUCCUUAGGGUCCUGCAGGCAUUGAGCUCUCUUGUUACUGCAAUUAAUGAGAAAGAGAAAGUUGGUCAUCACUUAUCAGAGAAAGAAUAUUCUGCUGCUCUGAGUGUUGUGCAUGAAAUUAGUGCAGCAUUGGAGCCCUUGUGGCUGCAGCUUAGUAAUUGUAUAAGCACUAUCGAAAGCUAUUCAGAUUCACCGUCUGAAUCAUCAAGCAAAUCUAUGCAUAAAGCUGCUGGUGUGACACCGCCUCUUCCUGCUGGCACUCAAAACAUUUUACCAUACAUAGAGUCCUUCUUUGUUGUGUGUGAGAAGUUGCAUCCUGAGCCGCCAGGUGUAGGGCAAGACACUGCAGUAGCGGACAUUGAUGAAGCCAGCACUUCUGCUAACCAGCAGAAGAGUUUGGUGCUGCCAACCAAAAAUGAUGAAAAACAUGUUGCUUUUGUAAGGUUCUCUGAAAAGCAUAGAAAGCUGUUGAAUGCAUUUGUUAGACAAAAUCCUGGCUUGCUUGAGAAGUCUUUCUCACUGUUUCUGAAGGUUCCACGUUUUAUUGAUUUUGACAACAAGCGUGCUCACUUUAGAUCAAAGAUAAAACAUCAGCACGACCACCAUCACAGUCCUCUAAGAAUUUCAGUCAGACGGGCUUACAUCCUUGAAGAUUCGUAUAACCAGUUGAGAAUGAGAUCGACACAAGACUUGAAGGGGAGGUUAACUGUUCAUUUCCAAGGAGAGGAGGGCAUUGAUGCUGGAGGACUCACCAGGGAAUGGUAUCAACUGUUGUCUAGGGUUAUUUUUGACAAGGGAGCUCUAUUGUUCACAACGGUUGGUAAUGAUUCAACAUUUCAACCCAAUCCCAACUCUGUUUACCAAACAGAACAUCUCUCUUACUUCAAGUUUGUUGGACGAGUUGUUGGGAAAGCACUUUUUGAUGGACAACUACUUGAUGUUCAUUUCACCCGAUCCUUCUACAAGCACAUCCUUGGGGUCAAAGUGACUUAUCAUGAUAUAGAAGCUAUAGAUCCCGAUUACUUCAAAAAUCUGAAGUGGAUGCUCGAGAAUGAUAUAACGGAUGUCCUGGAUCUGACAUUUAGCAUUGAUGCUGAUGAAGAGAAGUUAAUUCUGUAUGAGAAGACAGAAGUAACCGACUAUGAAUUAAUCCCAGAGGGACGCAAUAUUCGAGUAACCGAAGAAAACAAACAUAAAUAUGUUGAUCUGGUAGCCGAGCAUCGGUUAACAACUGCUAUCCGCCCUCAGAUAAAUGCAUUUUUGGAAGGAUUCAACGAAUUAAUAUCCCCGGAUUUAAUAUCUAUUUUCAAUGACAAGGAACUCGAACUACUGAUAAGCGGACUUCCUGACAUAGAUUUGGAUGAUAUGAGAGCAAAUACAGAAUAUUCUGGUUACAGUGCUGCCUCUCCCGUGAUUCAAUGGUUUUGGGAGGUUGCCCAAGCUUUUAGCAAAGAAGAUAAGGCUCGGCUUUUACAGUUUGUUACUGGUACCUCAAAGGUUCCUUUAGAAGGAUUCAGCGCACUGCAGGGAAUUUCUGGGUGCCAAAAGUUUCAAAUUCACAAGGCGUAUGGAAGUGCAGGCCACUUGCCGUCGGCUCAUACAUGCUUCAACCAGUUGGAUUUGCCGGAAUAUCCAUCGAAACAGCACCUAGAAGAGAGGAUGUUACUUGCCAUCCAUGAAGGUAACGAAGGGUUUGGAUUCGGUUAACAAGGGUGGUUCUAAUUGAGUCAUGUGGAUAAUGAAGAAUGUUUUUUUUUUUUUUUUUUAUUAAACAACUUUGCAUGAUUUUAGAGAAGUAAAAAUUUGGUUUUGCGUUUUGAGCUUAUUAUAUUAACCAUGUCAAUAUACUGUACAGUCAGUCCCCAUUGCAUUUUGUUAUGGUAUUUCCUUUUUCAA